AUGAGGCACAGGACGUCGUCCGCGCGCCUUUGGGACGGGCGCUCGACCCAAGAUACCGACCGUGAACGCAAACUAGCACAUCCCACAUUCAUAGUCAACGGACGUCGGCAUCAUCAUGGGCUUGGCAACCAGCGCAACGGCAACCAUCCAAGCGCAGCCCGCACAAAGACGCCGGUCACUCCCGCCCCACGUUACGAGCCCUUCCUCGACGUGGCGACUCGACAGGCGUCCUCCGAUUUGGCCGUUCGCGUCCCUUCCUCUACAUCUCGAGCAGACAUUCAUCUACAUCCAUACCGAUCCGACCUUCUCCUGGGUUUGCAAUGCCGCCGGGGCAAUCGCUGGAGCUUCUUCGACAUUGUGACCGGCGAUCUGCUGACCAAAGAGCCAAAGACAGAGCCAACAGUCCAUCCCGCUGAACCAACCGCCGAUGUAGAGUCUGCGAAACACUCCAAGGUCACGGAUAACCCUGCCGCUUUGCAUCGCUUCAAGUGCUUGUGUUGGGCCUCGUCAUCCGAGGACAUGCAAGCCUAUGAUCCGCUUUAUCCCGGCAGAGGAGUCGACUUUUCUGUCACAAAAUCGGGUGCCAUCCAAUCCUUGGCUCUCGCAUGGAAUAGGCUGCUCGUGCCUCUCGAUAUGGAUCGCAUGCACACCAACUUCGUCUUUGUCCACGCAGAGGACCACAUUGUCGAAAGGCUGCAAUUUGCGUGCACAUCCGUCUAUCCUCUCAGGGUCUACUAUCGUCGGGACGAUCUCGAAAUUCCUUGUCGUCUCUCGGAUGGCUCGAUCGUAAAUGCAGAUGUCGUCUUCACGGGAUACUGGAGCAUUGCCGCGAUCCAGAGGGACUCCGAAGCAAGCAUCCGUCUCGACCUUCACCGCUUCCAAGAGCCGGUCGAACUCGAUGACCUCGCAUCAAAGCUUGAGCCAGCCUUCAAUGGCAGCGCCAAUAUCCACCUCGAGUCCUCGGAGCAUACUUUCGGCGCGUUUCGGUGUCGGAGCUGCGGCAUGGCGAAUCAGGUGUCCGUCUCUCGUCCACGCAAGAUGGAGCUGUGCUUCAGCGGGUCACGCAGCGAUCUUGGUCACGCGAACAUGCUUCUGACAAAUGACGACCUGCCCCUACGUCUGACAUCGUCUUUCGAUACCGGAGCAAGGAUCUGUUCGUAUCAUCUUGCGACACCGUCAGAGGCACCAAACUCCCUUCCACAUGACAAAGCCAGGGAGCGUUCGGACGCCGUUUUGCAUCACAUUGUCAACCCCGGCCGGCCAGGCCAAGGCGGUCUCGAAACACUCUCCCAUUCUUUGACGCUAUUCAAGCGCAUGAGCCGCAACGUCGAGGCCAAGGUCCAUCUCCGAGCCUUUGCACUCUGCUUCGGGUCGACAAAGCGCGGCGCUUGCCACGAGAUCGCUACAGACUUGCUUCCCGUGUCCUCUCUACCCAUGGAUCUGAUGCCGCACAUAGUCCACAUCCGGGAGUCAUUGCAGCUCGUCGGCGCUCAACGCGAGCGCUUGCUAAGACCCGCCGGCUGCCUUUUCCUGCUGCUCGAAAAGGGUCGUCUGAAGGUCGACUCUACUUUCUUUCCCGACACCAGUGCUCACUUUGGUCUACUUGUUACCGGCUCGGAUACUAAUGUCUCCUUGAGGCGUAACACAUUGCCAUGCUGCCUUCAAGCAAAAGACGUGUCCCUCGGUUCCUUCGUCAUGAAGGCGCAAGACACUCUUGUAGCACCAGUCGAUGUGCUCCGGACAGCAGAGUUGCAACUCAAGACAUCCCUCCUGGCCCCUCGUCGCCUUCGCCUUCACCUGUGCCACAGGCCGACAACGAGGCUGUGUGACGAGCACAUGUGGUCCGAUCCGGAUUUCAUUGAGGCUGUCGAUCGCAUGGAGGCCGCCGUUGCCCAGGCCGCUGCUCCCGAGGCCGUCGUCGCUCAGGCCGCCCACGACUCUGCCCCGUUCUGGCCGCUCGACAAGGUGCGGCUGACACUGGCCCCACGACAGGCCGAUGAAGACUGGUUCACAAAGCCUGCUGACAUGGUGGACUUCGUAUUCUUCCGGCCUUGCUUUCGAUCGGACGGCGUGCAGAGGAGCGCAAAGCUCCGCAUGCGCAUCAACGUCACCAGCCUGGCCGGCCUGAAUAAGGCCUUUCGACAGCGCCGCCUUAGGAGUAAGCCCGAGGCCAACUUCAUUGGCCACGUGGCCGAGAUUUGUCUGCUCGCCCCUUUGCAGAGACAGGACAAAAACAGCCGCAACCACUGGAUCUACCUGGUCGAUGCAAACGGCCAGCAUCGCGUGACCACACAGCUGUUCCCGGCCGACAAGGACCCUUUCGCUUUUGGGCAGGCCUGCCCAGAUAUCGAGUUUGGUGACAUCAGAAGAAAAGCAGGCUCUCUGUUCCCUCGUGCCAUGUUGCACUGUCUUCCUGAGACGGUGGCGCAUGACAGCAUCGACGAGGACUACGAGGACGAUUUCCGAGGACGACGACUGAAGUAG